CACAAUCCGGCAAGUCCAAUAUAAAAAUAAAUUAUAGAGAUAUAUAAAAAAAUUUUUCUAUCCACAGCAGCAAAUUCGAUUAUCAUAUAGAGGAAGGAAAUCGAGUGUUGGCAGGACUGUGGGGUAUGGUUAUUAGUUUCAUCAUCCAAAUUGAUUUUAAAGAAAAUAUUUGAAAUGGUGUUAGAUCUAGAUUUGUUUCGAGCCGAUAAGGGAGGAACACCAGAAAAAAUUAAAGAAAAUCAGAGGAAACGGUAUAAAGAUGUACAAUUAGUGGAUACAGUAAUAGAGAAAGAUAUCAUCUGGAGACAAUUAAGACAUAAAGCGGAUAAUUUGAAUAAAUUAAAGAACGUAUGUAGUAAAACUGUUGGCGAAAAAAUGAAGAAGAAAGAGCCCAUUGGAGAUGUAGAUGUUGAUAUUCCAGAAGAUGUUGUUUCCCAGUUGGAAAAUUUAACACUUGAUUUGUUACAAACCUUGACAGUCAACCAAAUCAAAAAGGUUAGAGGUCUCAUUGAUCAGGAAGUUAGUAAAAACGAUAAUGAGUUGCUCACUGUUGAAAAGGAACGUAAUAAUGCUUUAAGGGAAGUGGGAAAUCACCUUCAUGAAUCUGUGCCGGUUGAUGACAACGAAGAUAACAACAAAGUCGAACGUACAUUUGGUAAUUGUGAAGUUCGCAAAAAGUACUCUCAUGUUGAUUUAAUUUGCAUGAUUGAUGGAGUGGAUGGUGAAAGGGGAGCUACUGUAUCAGGGGGACGAGGUUAUUAUUUGACGGGGCCUGCAGUCUUCCUGGAACAGGCUUUAAUUCAGUUAUCUUUGAGAAAACUUCUAAAGAAAGGCUACAAACCUUUGUAUACCCCUUUUUUUAUGAGGAAGGAAAUCAUGCAGGAAGUAGCACAACUUUCUCAGUUUGAUGAAGAAUUGUACAAGGUCAUUGGGAAAGGCAGUGAAAACGCAGAAGACAAAGAAAUUGAAGAGAAAUAUUUAAUUGCAACUUCAGAACAACCUAUUGCCGCUUUUCAUAGAGAUGAAUGGAUACCCGAAAGUGCGCUUCCAAUUAAAUAUGCUGGAUUGUCAACAUGUUUCCGACAAGAGGUUGGAUCUCAUGGAAGGGAUACCAGAGGUAUCUUUAGGGUACAUCAGUUUGAAAAAGUUGAGCAAUUUUGCUUAACAUCGCCAUUUGAUGACAAAUCAUGGGAAAUGAUGAAAGAAAUGAUUUCUAAUGCUGAAGAAUUUUACAAAGAACUUGGCAUUCCAUAUAGAAUUGUAAACAUAGUAUCAGGAGCUUUGAAUAAUGCUGCAGCUAAAAAGUUGGACCUGGAAGCAUGGUUUCCAGGGUCUGGAGCAUUUAGAGAGUUAGUUUCAUGUAGCAAUUGUCUUGAAUAUCAGGCUAGGAGAUUGCUAGUCAGGUAUGGUCAAACCAAAAAAAUGAACACUGCUACAGACUAUGUUCACAUGUUAAAUGCAACUAUGUGUGCAACAACAAGAGUCAUCUGCGCAUUAAUGGAAGUGCAUCAAACUGAAACUGGUAUAAAAAUUCCUGAUGUUCUAAAGGAAUUCAUGCCCGAUGAAUAUUCUAUAGAAAUUCCAUUUGUUAAGCCAGCUCCAAUAGAUUUAGAAAAAGAUAACAAGAAGUCUAAAAGGCAAAAAGAAGGAACCAAAAGGAAGGGAGAAGGCGAAGAGUAAGAAAAUGUUUUUGGGAAUCAAACUUCAUUUAAUCGCUUAAUUUAUUUUUUUAUUAUUCUGAACAUUUAACAAUUAAAUUUCUCAUAGAUUUCUUGUCAAUAGUUUUCAGGAAAAAUUUUAAUUUAAAUUGUUAUUCUAUCUCAAUAUUUCAAUUCAAAAUAUUGAUGUAUUUAUUAAACUCAUUUAAAAACCUGAAAAGUUGAUUCAUUCAUUGACCUUUUGUUUAGAGUUUAUGUAAGUUUAGUUAUUUCAUAUUCUGAUCUAUUUUUCCAUCCUCUAAAACUGUGUUUCUCAACCUUAGCCAUUCUGUAAAACCCACAUUUUACAUAAUUUUUCUUUUCUGCCUCUGAUUUUGUUACAUUUAUUACUCUGCAAAUCACCAAUGUCUAGAUCAAUUUGUUUAUCAGACCUACUAAAUCAUUUCGCAUAACAGAAUACUGAAUAAAAUAUAUUUCAUAUGUUGAAAAAUUAAAAUACAUAAAUAAACUAUGCCU